UAGAACAGGAUACCAAUGAUGAAGGAAGAAGAAGCUGCUUCUAAGCAAAAACAGAGAAUAAAGUGAAAGAAGGAAGAGAAGUGGUGGUCUCUGCCCUCCAAUUCGCUUGUACCGAUGACUCUCCACCAUGCCACCGCUGAAAGGCCCCUUCUUUUUUUCUAUUUGUUCUAUGUAGGAUUUUAAAGGAGGCCAAGUUCUAAUCUUUUUGGGAACUGACAAGGAAUUUUUUCAUGCAUCAAAUGGGUUUUGUCAAUUGGUUGGUUAGAGCUGCUCACAAGAAGGGAGCAAACAUUAUUCUCAUUCAGUGGUUUCCAGAGGAAGCCCGGGCUAUGGCACUGCAGGAUGCAGAGAUAUUAUUGUACCCCGCCGCCAUUGGUUCUGAACCUCAAGAUCAAGGACUUGAUUCUCGUGAUCACUGGAAACGAGUAAUGCAGGGUCAUGCUGUGGCUAAUUUGGUACCAGUAGUAGCUUCAAACCGCAUUGGAAAGGAAAUAAUCCAGACAGAGCAUGGAAACAGCGGGAUUACAUUUAUGAAACUCCUUUAUAGCAGGACCAGCAAGGGAAAUUGUUGCAGCAGCUGAUGACAAAGAGGAAGCUGUUCUUGUUGCAAAGUUUGAUCUGGAGCAGAUAAAGUCAAAGAGACAUAGUUGGGGUGUGUUUCGUGAUUGGCGUCCAGGUUUAUGCAAGGUUCUUUUGACAUCAGAUGGAAGUAAUCCGGUAUUGUGAUUUAAUAUAUUAAUUCCUUGUAAACUCUUUCUAAAACUUUUCCCCUGCCAUGAAUUAUAUCUCUAGAAUGAACAAGAGAAAGGGGUGGGUAACAUUAGAUGAAAUUCGAGCUUGAACAAAAUAUCAAAAGGCAAGUGCUUGGGCA